AUGGCUCCGCCUCGCCAUCACGCCCGUACGCCCAAGACACCGACCAACGAGCAGCUGGCUCAAAACUUGCAACAUCUAACGCAAACAAUGCAGACACUAAGUGAAGCCCUUCUGCACAACAAUCAUCCUGCACCUCAGCCGCAGCCUGCCGGGAAUCGGGAUGUGGGACGUUUAGUCUCGGGACAUAGGCCACCGGUGUUCGCUAGAGAGGAGGACCCAGUGAUACUCGAGGAGUGGAUCCGUUCCCUCGAUAAGAUCUUCACCGUUGUGGGUUGCCCCGAGGAUCGCCGAUUAGAGCUGGCUUCUUUCUACUUCAGUCACGAGGUCGAUCUCUGGUGGGUACACGAGGGUCCCGCGUGUCAAGAAGAACCCGACUUCGACUGGACAGCCUUGAAGGACAGGAUGAGGGAGAGGUUUUAUCCAUCGCACGUCCGAGCCGCCAUGUACGAGGAGUUCUUGCAUCUCCACAAGCGCUUCUUGGAGCUUGCCCGUUUUGUUAGGAUGUUGGUCCCCACCGAGCUCGCAAAGGUGGAGAAGUUUGUGGCGGGGCUCAACUAUGAAGCCCGGAAGGCGUUAACUGUGAGCAAGCCGAGGACCCUGAAAGAGGCUUAUCUGAGCGCAGCCGAUCUGUAUCGUGUGCAACAGCUAGAGCGAGGGUCGUUUGAGUUUGCCAAGAGGAGGAAUGAAGGAUGUGGGUCCCACAGUUUCAAGAAGCCGAGACAAGACUUCCGAGCCAGCCCCGCCCCCUCUCCGCCUCAAGGACCAACUCGGGUCGAGAGUGGAGCUCAAGAGAGGACUUUUGCAUGCAAGAGAUGUGGGAAGGACCAUGUGAGGAAGGAUUGCCAAGGGAACGCGUUGCGGUGCUACAAGUGCGGAGAAAGGGGACACAAAGCGUUCGUGUGUCCUCUCCAAGCUAAUCAGAGAGCCUUGCCAUCCGGUGUGAGACCUAGUGGACCCUCGGGAGGGAGUUCUAGUCGAGGUGUAGCUGGGGCAAAGCCUUCGGGCCGAGUGUUCGUGAUGGGCCUGUCUCAGGCCGAGUCUGAGGGUUUGGUGGAGGAAGAGAUGGCAGGUAACCUAUCUUAA